ACGGCAGUGAACUGCACGACAUGGUACAUGGUGUUGCAGGGAGACAACUGCCCCAACAUCUGGAACGCCGCCAACCUCACCGAGUCCACCUUCCUCGCCAUCAACCCCGGCAUCCGGUGCCAAGCCCCCUACCUCCAAGUGGGCCAGAAGGUCUGCAUCAACUCCCCACUUCUCGCAUCGCUUCUCACCGCAUCCAACACCACCUCCUUCUCGCUCUACACCGUGCAGUCCGGGGACUCCCUCGCCCUCAUCUCUUCCAGGUUCAUCACGCGCUGCACCACCUCCUCCAUCUCCCCCGCCGCCAUCGCCGCGGCAAACAACAUCCUGGAAACCUCCCCUCUGGUAGCCAACACCCAGCUCAUCAUCCCGUGCGACGCGCGCGUGGGGAUCCUCGACUGCGGCUGUGCGCAGUCCCUCCCGGUGUGCGGGGCAGACUACGUCACGUACCCAUCCUAUUGCGAUGCGGUCUGCAACUACGGGGUGCCGGUUCAGAGUGGCGUCUGCUCCGGCUGCAGCGCUGCCUGCACUGGGCGCACCGGCCUGGCCCCAGCUGCCGGGUACGGAUGCACGUGGAGCGCAUGCCCUUACCCCAGCUGGAAGCCUGUGGAGGAAGACUGCACCAUCCUGCAGGGCUUCAUGCCCGGGAAAUGCUGUGCGGUGGAGCAGACGGUUUGUACCGCCGCUGCUGGUUCCCCAGUUGCCGUUGCUGCCCCACCGCCCUUCGUUGAAGGCGCCUUCUUCGCUCGCUUCGCCCCAUGCGCUGCAGGCGAAUGUUCCGCGUGCUUCGGCGAUGCUCUUUCGGUGGAGCUCCUUGGCUUCGCGGUGUGCCAGCUCCUCUUCUUCUUCGACAAUGAGUUUCUUCAUCGGAUCGCGCCAGUGGGGGUAUAA